UGAUCCAAGCCCUGGUGGCUUUAGUAAAUGAUCCAGAGCCUGAACAUCCAUUAAGGGCAGACCUAGCUGAAGAAUAUCUGAAGGAUAAGAAGAAGUUUACAAAAAAUGCGGAGGAAUACACAAAAAAGCAUAGCGAAAAAAGACCUGCCGAUUAAAUUAAUUUGAAAGUAACUGUAUUCGUCUCGAUAUAAAAAAAACUAUGAACUCGCCUUAUUACUUUACUAAAUGAACAGUUGUGGACUCACAAGUAGAAAAUUUUAUAACAGUUGUGAACAAGUUUGCCGAAAUAUUUUCUUGAUUCGAUAAUGUGAUAAUUUCAGUUAGGUGUAGAUUAGACUUUUUAUUAAUAAAGUUUUCUGUGCGAAGGGUGUGAAUUCCAUUUGAAAUAUUAUGGCCUCUGUAAUUUUGUUUUGUUAAGUAUCUACUGCAUUUAUUAUCUGCUCUCUUACGGCAUUAGUUAACUAUCGGUAUGCAUGCCUUUUUAGAACUCCCAGUUCAUGUAAUAUCCCGAAAAAAUCGCAGUGAAUUUUUCUGAACUCUUUACGGUUAACCACACAUUGAAUACAAUUGCUUAUUUUUAUAUGCCUUCAGCCUUUCGGUGACGGCAUUUCCAUUCAGAAUGCUGUCGCUAAGUCUCUGUCAGUUUUCAAUAAGAUUUUCUGGUUAUUUGUCCACCGGUUUUAUGUUUUGUCCACUAUUAAGUUCGAAGAGACGCAUUUUUUGAUAUGUUCUUUCUGUUUUGUUCUAAAUACUUUUGAAUUUUUCGAUGUUAUUUAAGAGCUAGUUUGUAAUCAGUGUCAACCGGAAGGUACUUUUUUGCAGGUUUUUGAUAUCAGUCAAGGUAUUGUACAUUGUAUUGUUUAAUAAAAUCGCAAUCUAAACCAA